AGCCAAUCAGAACAUUUCGUUUGAACACGUCAGCCAGGCCUCACAAUUGUUUUUUUAAUUGGUCCAACUGGACCCAAAACACACAAAGAAACACGGGAUGAGGCUUUGCUUCACCUCUACCAGUUCGUCUUCUCCAAUUGAAGAGCAAAGAAACCAAGUAGUAAUCGAGCCAUUUCUACACAAUCAAUACGUUCUUAAUGAUUUCGUUCCAUCUUCCUCUCUUUUUCCUUCUUUGGAUUUGUCCGAUCGAUUAGAUCUGAAAUUCGCGAGCUUUAGGUCAACUGGUUUCGUCUAUGUGCAGUUCAAGGAGCUAGCUCAGGCUUAUGAGGUUCUCAGCGAUCCGGAGAAGCGUGAGAUCUAUGAUCAGUACGGUGAGGAUGCGCUCAAGGAAGGAAUGGGUGGUGGAGGCGGUGGUCAUGACCCCUUUGAUAUCUUCUCAUCCUUCUUUGGUGAUGGUGGUGGACACCCUUUCGAAGGUAGCAGCAGCUGUGGAAGGAGGCAGAGGUGUGGUGAAGAUGUUGUUCACCCUCUGAAGGUUUCCCUUGAGGAUCUUUAUCUCGGGAUAACGAAGAAGCUCUCGCUUUCUAGGAAGGCUUUGUGCUCAAAGUGUAACGGAAAGGGUUUGAAGUCUGGAGCUUCGAUGACUUGCGGUGGAUGCCAGGGAUCUGGAAUGAAGGUUUCUGCAGAACGAUGAAAACAUUGCCAAGUCUAAGUCUGAUGCUUUUGAUCUGUGUGUGGUCAUAAAAGCUGUUUCUUUCUUUCUUUCUCCGGACGGCUUAUUUGCUUAAAGUUCUUUUUUUUGUGUAGGUAAUGAGGGAUCUUUCAUGGUGUUAUAGUGUACUGGGAGCUCAGUUGAUCAUAUGAGUUGCGUUGGAGAUCUUGCAUGACGUCUUCAGGAAACCAGUAAGAUUAAUCUUAUUAAGGUCUUGAAGCGAUAGAUUCCGUUUUCUCUUUAUAAAUAAACAAUCAACUUGAAGCUUGCUCUGCUGCAAUCAGCUUCUACUUUGUUAAUCAUGGACGCACAGUGAAAGCUGUAUAAACUUUUUCUUUUUUUUUUUUUGCUGUAGAAGCAGUUCCAGAAGUUGGAUUAGCAUUAAAGAGGGUAAGAGUUUGUAUGUGAGGAAAUUGCAAGAAGUAGGAUGAUUUGUGUUGUUGGAUGACUCAGAAGGCAAUGACAAGCAUGAAAAGAUCUGAUUGACUUGCAAAUGCAUGGGAAAGUAUCAAGAUGGUCCAAACGUUAGAGUCGUGAACGACACUGAUAAUGUGAUGAGUGAUGACUGAUUCAGAUAGAGAACACCUUCCAAAGACCGUUUGUGCAGUAUGUGAAAACAACUGUUACAAGUUUCUUUUGCUAAAGAAUAUUGUAGAGAAGGUCUUGAGAUCUUUGCUAAAGACUGUCAUAGAGAGUCGUGAGUAUGUCUCAUAUUGAAAGUCUUAAAAAUGAUCAAAUUGAAAUAUGCAUUAUGUGGUCUC